AUGAAUUUGGACUUUUUCAUAGUAUAUCUUACGCUAGCCUGUCUAACACAUGCGGCACCCGUAAAAAGAGGCUUCCUUUCGGACUUGUUUGGUUUUGGCGAUACAACUUCGGCAGCAGCAGCAGCAGCAGCAGCGCCUACCACAGCGGCAGUUACGAUUCCAACAGCAGCAGCAGCAGCAGCAGUGGCAGCAACAACAACAUCAAGUACGGGAGGAUUUUGGGCAAACUUGUUUAGUCCCGCAACCACUACAGCCGCAGCUGCAGCUGCAGCACAGGCACAGACACCGGCAGUUGGAGUCGCUGCCGCUGCUACACCGGUACCACCAGCGGCUACAACGUCUUCUUCAGGAGGAUUCUGGAAUAAUUUGUUUGGACUCAAUGCCGCAGCCAGCACAACUGGCGCAGCGGCAGCACCAGCGGCAACAGCAGCACCAGUUGCAGCGGCAGCAGUGGCUCAGACUCCCGCUUCAGGAUCGAGUGGAUCUGGAGGCUUUCUUUCAAACUUGUUCAAUGCAUUUUUUGGAGGCUCAUCUAGUUCAGCAACACCGGCACAAACUCAAGCUCCCGCAACAGCAGCAGCAGCACCUGCCACCGAGGUGGCGCCAGCAACAGCAGCAGCAGUGCCAGCGACUGCCGCUACUACUCAAGCAGCUGACUCGUCUCUGCAAUACACUCACGAUAGCUUGUUUGACUUUUUAUUUGGAGGCCUCGGCAAGCCGCAAUCGAGCCAAAACCAACUUACGCUUGGUUUGUCUGCUUCAGUAGGAGUUUCAGCUUCAAUCGGGAUACCCAACAAUCCGACUCCGACCUCUGUCUCAACAGCUUCCACUUCACAACCGGGCGCCGUCACUACCAAUACAUUCCAGGGCGGCUCCCCGGGUAAAAUCACUGGAUCAGUCAACACUGCAACAGCCACCGCGUCAAACGGAGGCAGCACGGCAGGUGCAACAGCAGCCGCAGGUUCAUACGGGAUAACGUACUCCCCAUACACCAAGGGAGACAAGUGCAAGAGUGCUGCGGAAGUCAGGGCCGACCUUGCCAAAUUGUCAAACUAUGAACUCAUUAGAUUGUACAGCACCGAUUGCUCGGGUAUCGAAAAUGUCAUGGCUGCCAUGACUCCGCUGCAAAAGAUAUAUUUGGGACUUUGGAACAUCGACCCGCAAUCGGUUCAAAACGGUUUGCUGGAGAUUAAAACGGCCAUUUCACAAAGUUCUCAAGGGUGGGGUGCCGUGCACACUAUCGCCGUGGGCAAUGAGCGGGUCAAUGCCGGAGCUGCCUCGGUUGCUCAAAUGCAAACUGCCGUGGACACUGCUAGAACCUGGCUCAAAGCAAAUGCUCCAAGUUACAACGGUUACAUUGUCACCGUUGACACCUUGGUAGCGUAUGUUUCCAACCCGCAGUUGUGCCAGAUGUCAGAUUACCUAGCUGUCAACUCGCAUCCAUACUGGGACGGCGGUGUUGAGCCUAGCAACUCUGGUCCUUGGUUGCAACAGCAAAUCAGCCAUUUGCAAAGCGUCUGUGGCACAUCCAAGGACGUGCUCAUUACGGAAACUGGCUGGCCCACUCAGGGCGACAACUUUGGCAACUGUGUGCCUUCGGUGCCGAAUCAAGUUGCUGCUGUCAAAUCCAUUGUAAACGCCUUGGGAUCCAAGGUGAUUAUGUUUACCAUGUACAACGACUACUGGAAAGACCCCGGCCCAUACAAUGUUGAGCAACACUGGGGUCUUUACGGUGAUCCAAGCGAAUGA